AUGGCGCCCUUGUUCCAAAGGCGGUUGCGCUGCUUCUAUUGCGGUCAGCGGUCUGCAUCCAAGAAAACAAUAGGCUUGCGAGAAUGGCGUUGUGAGCAUUGCGAAGCCGGAAACUAUCUCGAUGAGAAUGGAGAAAUUACAGAUCCACCGAUUACAGUGACGGACAAUCCCGCUAUCUUGAACAAUACCUAUCAGUCGCCGUUUGAGUCCGCAGGCUUCGAUCAGACGGGCCUCUUUUGCAGGAAAUGCAUUCGAAAUCAACAUAUGCUGGUGUCGGCGCUUGCCGCUUAUCUUCCGGACACUGAUGAUCCUUUAUACUUUGCGUACGAACAACAACUACCUUAUUAUCGCCAAAAGAUGGAGGACAACUAUCCCCAAGUAUGUGAGAAAUGUGAACAGAAAGUGAACGAGCGUAUUCGGCAAACGGGCUACGAGGCUAAAGCUGAUCAUUUGAGGAGGACAAUGGAACGCAGCAAGAUGAGUCGCGCGGCGCAAAAGGCUCGAAGAAGGAAUUGGAGGAGUAUGCUUACUAUGGCAGGUGCUUUGGGUUAUUGGACGAGCGUUGCUGGUCAGCUGCUGUCGGACUUGAUUGGAACAUGUGCCCUGUGGGAUAGUAUUGCUGGAGGGCGCUGGCCUGUGGUAAUGACAUUCUUGUCAUUUGUGCAGGAAUUGGUGUCGUAUAUUGGCUAUUCCUCUCAGGACCUUGCUGGAAUCGCAUUGGUAAUGGGUGCGCUUUCGAUAUGGUGGAAUCCCAAGAUUCAUCACAAAGUUGAGGGACUAAAUGGCCGGAUUUUGAGAUUGAAUCAAUACUACGAGUGCCAAUUGAUUGUUAUGGUGGCCAGGUUCGCGGUGUGGGCGUGGUUGAAGGACUCAAGCAAUAUGGAGCCCUCUCUUCCUUCAGCCGUGCACGCAUUCAUGAUAUUAUUUAUGAGCGUGGCAACGAUAUUCUCUCAGCGACUCGUCCAUUAUGAUACGCGACCUCUUGUUUUAUGGUCCAAUAUUACUCCUGUGGUUUCUCCCCAACGGCAGAAAAUCGUACCGCAGACAGUACGGACGACCAAGCCGCAGAAUAACUUUUUUCAACAAGAUAUGUUUCAAAGCUUCCCUUUAGAGAAGCUAGGCAACCCCCGAGAUAGUCCUACAUCAAACGCGGCGCGCUUGGCCACACCUCCCCUGGAGCCAGAAGACUCGAUGGAUUGGACACCUUCUGUAGCGCAAGAAAUCCGCCCUAGGUUCGUUACCUCGAAGCCAGAGGUCGCUCCAGAACCGAUACCACACAAGUCAAUAUUUCAAGGUGCUCUCCCUGCAGCACCACGACCUCCUGCUUGGCAGCUGCGGAACCCUAUAAUAACUCAGAAGCCACCAGUAGUGCCGGUGACAAAUGUAUUUCAAACUCGGCCAACCUCUCAACAUAUUAUUGGAAACGAACACAAUGAUACUUCUCGCACACCUGAUGCCUUCUUUGCACCUCCUAAGUUCUUUGCGCCAUCGGAUUAUCAUGCUACAACUGGUUUGGAAAGCCUGUUCGAUCAAACAUUCACAAUCAGGUCUCCCGAGGACGAGAUGGAUGAAGCUACCACAUCGCCGUCAAAGGUCAAGGAAGUACGCAAAGAACAUCCUCCGCCAACCCUGUUAUAUUCCUCGAUUCGACUAUUUCUUCUUUCUCUUAGCAUACUUGCGUGGUCUAUUGAUUGGUUUAGGCUAGUUCCUAUUCCUCACGACGCUGUUUUGAUGGGAGGCUUGAUCCUGAACAUUCUAUUUACAGGGUUCGGUCUACUGGCAUCAUUAAAUCAACCAUUCAUAGCCAUUCCAAGAGUCGUCUACUCACUGUUCAAAUUUGUGAUGAACGUUGUUCUCGCUCUCUGCCUCAGCUACAAUUUUUCCAUUACUUUCUACCAAGGGGGAAACCUGGAGUUAUGUGUGACGUCUUUGACGGCUUUGUUGGCUGUGGAAGAAGCUUUGGCAUUAUUUUCAACCAUGCCGAAGAGUCGGAUUCGGAAACAGACGCAGACGGCUAGAAAAGAAGCAGACACUAAGAAUCGUCCUCCACCAACACCACAUCACACAGCUGAGGAUCAGUUCAAUCUCGAUAACCAAUACUCUUCACCGCCUCAAAUCUCGCCCACAUUAUCGUACAUAUCCCAUCACCCCGCGAGUGUCUAUUCACAGACUUCCUCUUUCUCCCAAUCCCAACCAUCUUCACUUGGUUACGGGCUUUACCAAAGGGACAUGCGCCGCAAUCACCUCUACGACGAUGGCUCCGACGCCUCAGAAAUCUCAGGUGGAGACUCCGACGCUGAAACAACAAUCAGCUCUUACACCAAUAAAUCAAUUCGAAACAUGAAUCCAUUCGAAUCCGACGACAGAAGCUAUCGCACUCCACGAGCGCCAGGCCUCGGCUCUGGACUGCAAGGUUUGAGUCUAGAUGACAGUCCAGUUUCGAAACGGGUCACUAGAAGUCAAACCACGCGGAGGACAGGCAUGGAAUUUGAGCGAAGCCGUCCGUCUAGGAGACUGAGGUGAUCCUCAUGCAAGAAUUGCAGGUUUUAUGAAGUAUUGAUGAUUACAUGAAAAUGAGGCGUACAUGGGUUGAUUUCUUGGACAACA